AAGAUCAAGGCCGUAAUUGACCAACCAACCAAAAGGAGUGCCCCAGCAUCUCUUUCCUCGGAUCUCCGGCAGUUCAAGCUCAAGGAUAGUUUCUGUUGCACCAAUAUUAAAACAACGUCUAUCACUAUUCUUUUUCUCUGCAAGCAUAAAAAAUUAUAUGAAAAUUGAUUUUUUCAUUCUUCAGUGAAGCUUGCCAAGAUCGACAAACUGCGCCCAUCCGAACACGAUCUUGAAAAGAACAUGCGGAGGCUGCUCUGAAAGUAGGCAAGCCUAUCGCACAAGAAAGAGAGCAGUCGAGAAUGGAGAAGCUUAGAUGUUUGGUUCCAGAAAGCGUGAAGCGGAGGGUGGCAGAGAGCACUGCUGAUGAUCUUCCUUCAGUUUCAUCUUCCCUGGUUCACUUGUUUCUCAGUUUGCCGGAAUUCCAUCAGGUGAUCGGAGAUUUGGCAGACCCCGGCCCAAACCCAAAGAGAAAGGCCGGUCUUUGCUGCAAGAACAAGGAGGCUGCUUUGGACUUGAAACAAAAGGGCAAUCAAUGCUAUUCCACUGGAGAUUACUCCCAGGCUUUGCGUUGCUAUUCCCAGGCGCUUCGUGUUGCUCCCAUUGAUGCCGACGACACGGGCAAAAAUCUUGUUGCAACAUUGUAUUUAAAUCGAGCUUCCUUAUUUCACAAAAUGGACCUCCCAAUGGAGUCUCUCCGAGAUUGCAGCAGGGCUCUUCAAAUUUCUCCUUGCUAUCCAAAGUGACAAAUCUUUAUCACAGGCGUGGUAUAGGAGAGGCAAGGUAAAUGCUACUCUGGGGAAUUAAGAAGAUGCGGUCCAUGACUUAAUUGCUGCUAAGAACAUGGAGCCAUCACUAGGGGGAAAGCAACAGAUAGAAAGUGAACUGGAUAUACUUGGACAGCAUCAUGACAGGAAAAGUGCUAAAUCAGUUCACCCUAACCAGAUAAGUGUAGGAAUUCCAGGUUAGAUGGUAACCACUGAUCAGCAUCCAAAUAUCUCUGUUUUUGCGCUUGCAUUUUUCAUCAAUAACCAAUCCUUUUUUAAAUUUUUUUUCACAUUUUGCUUUCCUAUGACCAUUCUAUUAAAAGUCAUAGAGAAUUUUGAAAUUCUUAUACUUGUUCGUUACAAUUGUUUGUAAUCUCUCGCAGAGAAGAAUUAUAUUUGCUUAUAAAGUCCUUAUACAGGCUUUAUUGCUGCCUAAACACAUUGUCUUAGAGGUUUUGUAGAUUGAUUAGCUUUUAUGUCAGUAAGCAUCACAAUUGUGUGAUCUGCCUUGUAGUUACUUUGAGGAUUGGUGUUUAUUAUUUAUUCCAAUCUUGUAUUUUUUUGGUA